GUGCUAAGCAUCGGGAUACUUGGCGAGGCCUCCACCGAAUAGUUACAUGUACAAGACGGGAUAUUUUCCUGGGGAACCCCUGAAGUAGAGGCUUCUAAACGCUUUGCUUAUAAGUUCGCGAUUUUACCCUCCUUAUGAGAAAUGUAUUAUCAUCUGAUAAGAGCAUUUUGAGUUUCUAAUUUCAUCCUACGCCUCCUCUGAAUUCUAUUCAAUGAUCUAAGAUUUUGCAACCUACUACAACAUGACUGCUGACAACAAAAUCUCCUUUUUGUGUCCGAUAGGGCACGGAAAUCCUGACAGAUGUAGUCCAGAAGACGACAAGUCAUCGACAUCUUCCUUAAAGGCUUUCAAUGACACGCAUGAUACUCUUUUCAUUCCAUUCCCUGGCAUUUCCAAUGCUUUCUCUUUGGUCAAUUCUCUGAUAUGUUCAAGGCUUAACUAUUCCAAGACCACGAAACACAAUUUGUGUCCAAGAAUAUCUUGGAGAAAGUUCUACACAAUCGGCUUGUUCUACAAACGGUACUUCUGAGGCUACGCGCGAGUCUCAAGGUCUCGUAGCUCGAUUGAAGAAAAAUGAACCGUGGAAUUUUCGAUAUCAAAAGACAGAAGAGACUCUUGCAGAUGAUUUUUGCGAAGGAAUGGAAAGACUCGGCAUUGGGAGGGCUCGGCAAGUCGACAAUAUUGCCGAUCACUUCAGCUGUGUUGGAACAUCCAGUGUUUCAGUUGCCGCGAGCAUGAAUGUGGAUUGGAAGAUUGAUAUUAAUGUGCAAGAUGAUACACAUGAGCAGUAUUAGCAUCAGAGGCCAUCAUAUUUUGUGCGAUAUUCAAUUACGUAUGUCGGUGAUGGAAAUCCUGAACAACA